AUGCAAAAUGCAGCAGCCAUUCCAUUGCCUGUCUUGCCGGAAGAACUCGUCGGCGAGAUACUCCUGAGGCUUCCGGUGAGGUCCCUCCUUCAAUUUAAGUGUGUGUGCAAAUCAUGGAAAACUCUAAUCUCUGGUUCUCAAUUCCCAUUGUUCAAAAGACCAUCAACUCCUGUUAAACCCGUUACCUUCGGCUACAUGGAGGAGAUGUUAGAUUAUAUUAUAGGUUCAUGCAACGGGCUCUUGUGUAUGCUUGGUACCUAUCCACAUUAUGUCGGACUGUACAAUCCUUCUCUCCAGUUCAAAUCCAAAAUAUCUUUAGUACCUGUUUCUGUUUUGGAGCAGGAUUGGUUCAUCAACCAUUGUGGCUUUGGAUAUGACAAAGUUAAUGACAAGUAUAAGGUUCUAGUAGUUAUGGAAAGAUUUUUUCAUGUUAGUCCCAUGUUGACCAAAAUAUAUACCUUUGGUCAAGAUGAUUCCUGGAAAACAAUUCCCAAUUCCCCGUAUAAUAAUAAUAUUAAGACUCUUGGGAAAUUUGUGAGUGGCACUCUGAAUUGGUUAGUUUCUUAUCCAAACACAUUUGUUUCCUUUGAUAUAGAGAAGGAGACUUACAGGAAACUAUUGUUACCUCAAAAUGUUGGUGUCAAAACUGAGCUGUCUGUUUUGAGUGACUGCCUUUGUGUGUCCACCUCUGAAAAUGUUCAUUGGGUUUUAUGGAUGAUGAAAGAGUAUGGAGUUGUUGAGUCAUGGACUAAAUUCAUCGUCAUUCCUUAUCACAAGCUGCUCCAUAUUUUUUUGGUUGAACCCUUGUUCAUUUCACAAAAUGGUGUUCUAAUGUUAUUAAUGGGACGUUCCAAACUUAUCCUAUAUAACACAAAUACCGGUGUUGCCUUGGAUCCAUUGAUAACUAUGGAACUUGGUUUCUCCUCACAUAUUCACUGUGAGAGUUUGGUAUCACUGUCAUGCUAA